AUGUCACAAUUUGUAAAAGCCGCGACAACCGAUCAAAUUCAGCCCGGCAGAUGUAUCGGUGUAAAAGUUGAUGGCGUUUUCAUCGGUAUCUACAACGUUAAGGGUGAGUAUUACGCAAUGAACAAUAUUUGCCCACACCUCGGUGGCGUUUUGAGUUACGGCUUCUUAGACAAUAAUUGUGUUACGUGCCCACUCCACAUGUGGGAAUUUGAUGUGACGACAGGGAAAUGUGUGUGGCCAGGGGAGGAAAGCAUCCCCACCUAUCCUGUGAAAGUGGAGGGUGACGAUAUUCUUGUGAACGUGGAUACCCCCGUCCAAGCGAGUUAG